AUGAGUAGGGGUGAAGUUUCGCACAUGUUGGCGUUGGUUUUGCUCUUGUUUGGAGUAGUAACUUCUAAAACAAUUGAUCCAGAAGGAGUAAUGGCCAGCGACUACCAAAGUGGUUCAAUUGGUGGUAAUGUAACUAAAUCACUAGGUGACUGUUUUAUCAGAAAAGAAGAUAAGGUUUUCAGAAAUAACUACAAAAUCGAUAACAUCGGAGUGAACAUUGUUUAUCAUUAUGUGAUUCUAACUAAGGAUGUAGAAACCGAUAGUAGUUCUAAAGCAUUAGCAUCUAAAAUCGUGGAUAUUGCACAAACUUUUAUUCCUAAUUUGUCUUCAUCUGAUGUUUCAAAUGAAGUAGAUGUAAUCAUUAAUACUUUAAAAAUUCAUCAAGAAUUUAUUCAACGAAAUUAUUUACCAAAAGCUUUAGUAGAAGCGGAAAGAAAAGUGAUUUGA